CUUUUGGGUUUUUCUUCUUUUUCUCCUCAAGGUCGAAUUGACAAGGAAGCAAACACAGCAUUACAGCCACUAUAGACAGCUAGCUGUUAGUGCAUACGCGGGGAACGACGUAUAAUCCCUUAACGGCACUUAUACACCACGACGACCAAUCACGUUCAGCACCUCACAUCCUCGAACCACAAUCACAACGACAACGGACAUCAACGUCAAAACACACCAAACAAACUAUACAGAAAAAAGAAAGAAAAAAAUGCCAACAGUCAUGGGCCUGACCACCGACUCCUCCUCCAAAACCACCACCACCCUCGGCAACCAAGACCUCAAAAAGCCCAACGGCGGCUCCCGCCUCGACACCAUUUCCAAACGCAACCACCACGCCGCCAAAGAGAUCGAGACCCUCUUCUGGCGCUGCCUCUGCGACGACCCCUCCGCCGCCCCGGAAUACAUGGCCGAGGACUGCAUCCUCAUCAACCCUCUCUUGUCGUCGCACCCCUCCACCACCCCGCUAUCGAAAGACAGCGAGCCGAACAUACUAGAGGUGUUUGAAAAGGCGGAACCGUGGGCUGGGUUCCGGUUCCAUGGAGAUCCGCUGGUGGUGGAGAUUGAUUUGAUGGCUGUGGCGUUGGUGUACAAGGUUAGUUUGUAUACGGUUGAUAAAAAGGGCAAGGGGACGAGGGAGGUGGUGGCGAGUGUGAGUAGUAGUUGGAGGCAGACGGCGGGGGCGGAUUGGGUGUUGGUGGCGCAUCAUUGUCAAAUUGGUGAAGACCAGGGCGAAGACGAACUUCCCCCAGCGGGCCUGCCCCUUACAGAAGAGUGCGGGAAUUCCAUCCGUUUAUUGACACUCAGGGAACCGAAUUCUCAUGAGGGAGAGACAUUGUCGCUGGAAAUGCAUCUCUCAACAACAUCUGAGGAGUACAUUGGGCUAUCCUACGAAUGGGGCCAAGCGAAGCCGGAUGAUCCAAUAGUCCUUGUCAACAAUCGCCAAGUUCAGAUUCGAAAGAAUCUCCACGAGGCUAUACGGCAGAUCUUCGAACACUAUUCAAAUUACCGGAAGCAACGUCGUGAAUGCAAGUGUCCGCACCAUCUUGGAGCCACGGUUGUGGAUGAGCGCGCGCUAGAAGACCAGGACGACUCCGUUCCAUACCUUCCGUGGGAUCGCCGUCGUGGUCCCCUCGUGGAUACUUGCAGAUGUGGAGACAGGCCUAAGAAGGAUUGCCAUGAAAAAUCAUUAGGUCCUUGGACUAAUCUGGGGGAUAGCAGUUUUUGGGCGAAAUACGACCCACCCCGACUAUGGAUUGACGCCCUCUGCAUCAACCAAGACGACAACAAAGAGAAAAGUAGCCAAGUCGGGAGGAUGGGUAUCAUCUUCAGCUCUGCCAAACUGGUGCUUUCCUGGAUAGGGUUGCCCAGAGAUGGUAGUAAUGAUGCGCUGAGAAUGAUGAGAACUCUGAGCAUGUCAUACCCAGAGCUGCCCGAAUUCGUGGCAACAGGCGGCCUUACGGACAGCCUGAUAGUUUCGAUUGCGUCCCUUUGUGAACGUACUUACUGGCGCAGAGUCUGGAUACUGCAGGAAUUAUACCUGGCCCGAAAGUACGUGGUCAUGUGUGGUCCUGAGUCCAUCGCAUCAGAGUCGUUUGACGAGGCUCUGGCCCGCCUUGCACGCACACCAACCCGCCAUGACAGCAUCGACCGAAGCGCGGCAAAGGCGAUAGUCGCUGCAAUGUGGGAAAAGAGGCUCUACUCGUUCGUUCGAUGGCUUCGUAUCAUUCUUGAUGCCAAUUUUCAAGCUACCGUCCCGCAUGAUUAUAUUUAUGCGCUACUCUCCAUCUCUUCUCCCGCCCUCUUUGACAUGGACAAACCAGAUAUUGACAGGACCAAGAUCAUAGUGGACUACGACAAGACAAUUGCGGAAGCUUACUGUCAGUUUUUACAGUCAUUCGAGGUAGGCCAAUCAUUGAUGAAGCACAGCCACUGCUUCCUGAAACUUGCGCUCAAAAUGGGUCUUUCACACGAGGAAGGUGUCGCUCUGCUGGAUCCGGAGCAUUUGAAGAGACGUGAGGCGGCAAAGGGCUCGAAGAGUAAUUUCGAUAAUUGGCUCUUUGAUCUCUGA